AUGUCUGCCUCUCCAACCCAGCCAACCCAAUCGGCCAAGCGCCCUUUGGAAGAAGCCUCGUCGCCCUCGCGCGCAGGUGAUCAGCCUGACGCAAAGCGACCCGCUCUCGACAAGAUCAAGCACGACGACGAUGUCGAUAUCGAAGUCCCUGAAGCCCCCGUCGAGGUUCCUGCAGACGAUACCGACGACAAGGUCAACGGCGCCGCUAAAUCCGAGGAUGGUGAAGACACCACAACGGAUCAAGUAUCCGACAUUAAGGCUGCGGCUGCUGCCACGGUCGCUGCCUCUUCUUCCAACGCUGUGACUUCGGCGGCCGCCCAUGACGAGACGUCCUGGAUCCAUAUUCGUGCUGUCAUUUCUAGUCCUGAGGCAGCUACAGUCAUCGGAAAGGGAGGCGAGAACGUAUCAAACAUCCGGAAGCUUUCCAAUGCCAAGUGCACUGUCAGCGACUAUCAAAAAGGAGCCGUCGAGCGCAUCCUUACUGUCAGCGGGAUAGUAGACGCUGUGGCUAAGGCUUUUGGUUUGAUCAUCCGUACAUUGAACAACGAACCCCUUAAUGAGCCUUCAACAGCUUCUUCAAAGACAUACCCUUUACGACUGCUGAUUCCCCAUGUCCUGAUUGGUUCCAUCAUUGGUAAGGGUGGUGCUCGUAUUCGUGAGAUUCAGGAAGCAUCUGGCGCCCGACUGAACGCAUCUGAUUCUUGCUUGCCCAUGUCCGGCGAGCGAUCGCUCGUCGUAAUGGGUGUCGCCGAUGCUGUCCACAUUGCGACAUACUAUGUUGGUAGCACCCUCCUUGAGCAGCUAAACGAUAGAUUCGGAGGUCCUGCUGCGUCCGCCUAUGCCACCCGAAGUGGCGCGCCUGCUGGAUCGAUCCCGGGAGGCAUGCAAGUUGUCCCAUACUCACCCCAGCCUGCCUCAGGUCACUACGGGCGAAGCGAGAACUAUGGCCGUCACAACGAUCGUCGAUCUCACCACAUGCCACCCGCGCCCUACCCUCAGCAAUACCCUCCUCAUGCUGCUGCUCAGGCUAACCCUGCCAUGCCUAUGCACUAUGGUGGUGCGCAAGGAGGAGGUGCUUACGGGGCGGCUCCUCACGCCCAGCCGCACAUGGCGCCUCACGCCGGUCCUCCACAGCAUGGCGGUGCUCCCCAGGCUCAGCCUAUGGGCGGCGCAAUCCCUGGUGGACCAAUCACACAGCAGAUUUACAUCCCCAACGAUAUGGUCGGCGCCAUCAUCGGCAAGGGUGGACAGAAGAUCAACGAGAUACGGCAAAUGAGCAACAGCGUGAUUAAAAUUAACGAGCCUCAGGACAACAGCAAUGAGCGCCUAGUGACAAUCACAGGAACGGAGGAGUGCAAUCGCAUGGCACUAUACAUGCUCUACUCUCGACUUGGUGAGGUCCAAAACAAAUCCGUCAGCAACUAA